AUGGCGUUCCUGGAAGACCCCCGAUUACGCCAGCGCUGGAAUCAGAUCUCUCACACUACGGAGGCGGUCACUGAGAACGCUGCCGCCGGUAUAUGGACAUUUGGUCACCAAUACAUAAACCCAUGUUUUGCCUCGAUAGGAGCCGUAGUCGACAGCUGCACUGCACCCUGUUUUGGCGACCACGAAGAACGAGCGCGAAGGAAAAGAGAGCGUGAGCGGGAGGCGGAAUACAGCUUCGACUUCUACGAUGAUUGGGAUGAAGACCUUGUCGGCGACAGCGGUCAAGGAGGCUUCGGGGCCUGGCGCAACGAGGACUGGGAGCGUCUGAUUGGGGGGUCAGGCGCCAGUAAAAGUCAACGAGCAGCUACUGGCGAAAUUCAAGAGCAACCACAUGGCAGAAAACGGGGCAUGAGUUACGGAACCAGAGGAACUAGGCGGAAAUCUAGUGUGGCUGCCGAAGAUCCUACCAUCAUUCCUAGUACCCAACCUAUCGGCUUUCUCGGGAAACUGCCCUUCAAGAUCAAAGGAACUCUGAGGUAUAAGCCGAGUGCGGCAAACCUACAAGACCAUCCUGGUGCGUCGAGGCAUCUGGAAGGCGAAAAUCAACCUUUGCUAGGACAUCACGAAGAGGAGUAUCAUCCUCAUACGUCAUUGCCGCAGACUAGGAAACGAAGCGGUACGACGAGCAGUGGCGACACGAGCGAUUCGUACAGGUCACGAGGGGAUCUUUUCCCUAGCGAUGAAGAGGGAGAGGAGGAUGCUGUUCCUCUUGACGAUGAGUUUGCAGUGGCCCUAGAUCGUGUCGAUGACAGGUCGAGCAAUAGAACCAAGAGCAGCAAAGGCAAGAGAACUGCGAGCUACACAAUACCACGCAGCGUAUCAAGGACCACCAUAGGCACAAUAACACCUUCCAGGCCCACUUCAUUGCGGCAGGUACAAGAUCCGAUCUCAGAUGCGGAUGAGGCAUUAGAAGCAUCCACACUGUCACUCAAAGACCUGCUGCAAGAGGAAGAACAAAUACAACGCGAAGAAGAUGAAGAGAUCGAACGAAAGAGGCACAUUGCAGCACACCUGGCCAUGGAACGCGGACUUCAACGCGAUAAUGUCGACUAUGGUUUUGUCCCGGAGGCCAAGCCCGAGCUGAUCAAGGUCGAGAACAUUCCAACACCAGAACAGGCCGAGUUUGUUAACGCCGAGAGCCCAUCGCCUUGGUCGAAGAAGAAAGAGGAAGCAGCCGAGACCACGGUGUCUCAAGCACACAAUCCCGAUCAGACUAUUGAUGAAUUCGUACCGGCGCGGUUACCUUAUUUCAGGUAA